GGGAAUGGUAGGAGGAGGAGGAGUGGGAACGGGAGGCGGAGCAACAGUAACAGGGGGCGGGCUCGUGGGAGUAGGGGUCGGAAUGGGCGUCGGCGUGGGUGUGGGCGUGGGCGUGGGCGCCCCAGAGCUCAUCCCGGCCGCCGAGGUGAAGAAGGAGGCGGCGCCGGAGAGCCGCGGCGUGUGGCAGCCGGUGCAACUAGACAAGGGCAGCGGCUGCACCUCCGAGCCCGUGGCGUCGACGCCGAGCACCCAGUCGCCCCCCGCCGUGAACCACGUGCUCCCGGCGCCGCCGCCGCCAGUCAAGCCGCCCCCGACUCCGCCGCCGCCGCCGUCGCCGCAGCCGGAGCCCGUGAGCCGCCUGGACAUCGAGGAGAGGAGGCUGCGCGAGCUGCGCGAGGCGGGGCUGGAGGUGGAGGAGGCCGAGGAGGUGCUGCAGGAGGAGGCCGUGGCGCCGCCGCGCGCCUUCACGCUGGUGUGCACGAAGGGCCCCCCCGCCCCCCUCGACGACUCCCAGGAGAAAAUGCAGUUCCUCGGGAGGAUCGGGCUGACCACCCACGCUCACGCGCAGGAGGCCGAGCUGUCCCACUGCGAGCGGCGCGCCCGCGUGCUCAGCGCCCUGGAGCCGUCGUCGGUCCCGUCGUCGCCAAAGAGCACCGAGUCCUUCUCGGAGGAGCUGGUUCCUCUGCUGGCGCCCGGACACAGCCUCCCCGCAGUCAUUACCUCGCCGGAGGAGCUGUGCCUGGCGCAUGAGUACCCGCACAAGGCACGCUUCCUGCACCACUUGGGCCUCCAGCCGCAACAUUCCCUGCACCGCCAGCAAGAAGUGGAAGCCGUGUGGCAAAUGGUCGUCCAGGAGCGGCUUCGUCGGUACCGCCAGGAGAGCAACGACCCCCUGGCCGUGAAGGUAUGCGAGGCCCUGGAGCAGCUGUUGGCGGCGAACAUCCACCACCAGCCGCCGCAGCCUGCCAACAGCUCCCUGUCAGUUCCUCUCCUGAAGGUCGCCUCGACGCCGCCGUCGCCGCAGGUGCGCGUGUCGCAGUCCUCGACGCCGUCGACGACCACCGCCACUACCACGUCGGCGGCCGUCGCCGCCACCGUGGCGUCGACGGCGGACACGGCCAUCACGACCACGGCUUCCACCACGACCGCGGUGGUGACGACAGCGGUGUCCAGUGCGCCCAUUGUCACGAGUGUGCCGCCGACGGUUAUGGUCUCGAGCAGCACUGCACCUUACAGCACAAACACCACCAACUUCUCGACCAAAGCUUUAACGGCUAGCAGAUGUAGUGGCAAGGCGCCCGUCAAGGACGCCGUUUUCAUCACUGCCGGACUGCCCGAGGAAGACCCAUUGCUGGCCGGCCUCCAGGGGGUGGACACCGUCAUCGAGCACUUCAUUAAAAAUGCACAAGCACAAGGAGGCAGUAACAAUUCAGCUCUCCUAGAACACAUAGAGGAAGUGCGCAGAAGCCAGCUCGCAGUGUGCCAGACGGCCCAGCUGGUGCAGGAACAGGUUGCCCAACUUGUUGCAUCUCGUGCUCAGCUCGAGGCCCACAGAUCGUCACUGCACCAUCAUCUGGCAGCUAUAACAUCCCUCAUAGCUAACAGUACCAAUCAUUCAACUACAACUACCACGGCUGCUUCAACUACUGGUACAGGUACCAUGCCUAAUGGUACAUCAGUAUUUGUCUCAGCUCCUGUAACUACCUCUACGCAGGGUGUAAGCAGUAGUAAUCACAACAUUGCACAGGGAAGCUCUACCACGAGUACCAAUACCACAUCCACAAAUACCAGUCCAGGGCACAGUCACCCCCUUCCACUCACCACGACGACCCCCACGCUGAUAGGCAGCCACCCUGUCGCAGCGGUUAUCAACAGGAGCUUGCAGUCUCUUGUGCCAACAGCCUCCGUCAUGUCCUGGGGUGGAUUAUCUUCUCCUUUCCUUAGUAGUACAAACAUUGCUUUCUCAUUAGAGAGUAAAGAUGGAGUAUUUUAUUCUCAAGUAACAAAUAAAGAAGGAAAUAAGGAUUUAAAAACGACUAUAUCUAGUGCAAAUACUUCAAAACCCAACAACAGAAUAACAGUGUCUCACGGAAAUGCCAAGACCUCCUCGAGUAAUCGUCACAGCUCCAGUAAGUGCCAUAAACAUGCUCUGACAGAAGCGACCAACGGAUCUCCAGCCAAAUUCAAUGGCAUCCCGACCAAUCUUCCAAAGCACAUCUUCAAGCCCCUGCAGCUGAGCGGGCCAAAUACCAGUGCUAACGCGGCCAAAAAGACCACGAAAACGGUCAGCUAUACCCAAGCCCCCAGCGUCACGGGAGGCCUUCCUCACCCGUCUGUGGCGCUCGUGGCACCCAGCACAACCGUGACGAGCCAGAACGGGUUGAUGCCUCUGCCGCUCAUCCACAACUCCACCAGUAAGCAUGGCAGAACCAACAAACCUCAGAUUGGCUUCACCCCGUACUCCAAAACCUCUCCUACCAAAGUACCACAAUCAUGGGUGUCAAAUUGAAAUUAUGUAUUGUACUGUAUUCAAAUCUCUAUUAAUAUAUAACCUAAAAAGCCUGUUUCAACCACAGGUCUCUGUUACAGAGUUUAAUUGAACCAUGUGAAUAUUUGCCUAGAGAUGGUUCCUCAAACAGUAUUCCAUGUUUUUAGCUCUGCCAAAGAUUUUUCUUCACCGUUCGUGUGAGGAUUUGAGCUGUUGGUAUGGGAUGUAUGCUUGUGAUGGUUGUAGCAUAAAUGAAUGGAUCUCACUAGUCAGGUAUAUUCCUAUUUUAGACCCCAUGGAGAUCUAGGAAUAGAAAACAUUUUUCAGCACUGAAGACAUGUGGAUAGUUUACAUUUCAUUACACCUGAUUUCCUCUGGAAACUGAAACUCACCCUGGAAAAGAUCUUCAAAAUAUGUUGUUAAGAAAGGAAGCUUUUGUAACAUUGUAGCCAGACUGCAAGGUAAAAGAUGAGUAAAUGCUAAGCUGGUCUUUUAUAUAACCCAGCCCGAUUUCUAUUGAUUUGGGUCGUUGGGCCCUGUAUGGUGUUGUAAAAGAUCCUGGUGAGUGCGCGUGAUGUGUGCCUCUCAUGAGUCAGUCCCAUGUCUGUUUCAUGAGUCAUCUUGUUUUAUGUCUAAUGAGUCAUCCCAUUUUCUUUAUCUCCUAUGGAAGUACUGUGAUGUCUGAAUCAGUAGCUUGAAUGUAGAUAAUGGCAGCCUAAUAUUUGCUAUAAUGAAUUCAGAUGUGGAUGCCAAAUUGCUGCCAUCACAAUUGUGUACUGACAGACCAAAUAUAUCACAUUUGUAUUUAUAAACCAAAUAAAAAAGGAAACACAAA